AGUCAGAGAACAUAAAAUGACGAUAAAACAUUCUAUGUUCUCUAUUACAGCCACUCAGUUUUUGUUGGAAAUCGAACGUGAUAAGUGCUUCCUUUAUUUAGCGUCCUCGGGUUUGCGUAUUCUUACUCAAAUAUAAACAAAAUUUAUACAUAUAUCAAUAUGUUUACGAAUUUUGAUGAUAAAGGCAGUAAAGUAAACAUUCCGCAACGACCGUUCCUAUUUAGCUCUGUCAAAAGAAGGAUGCACAUUCCAGAUGAAGAAACAACACAAACACUGUCAAGCGAUUGUACCCGCAACAAAGUUCCUAGAAUGGACUGCAACAAAAACGAAUUACACGUAACAAAAUUGUUCGAAGAAAUUUGGAAGUCCUAUGACGAACAAGAUCUUAUCGAUGUAACAUUCAAAGUGUCCAAUCCACCGGGUUUAGUGCCAGCGCAUCGCCUGAUACUGUCAGCGGCAAGUCCGCACUUUCGUAAACUCUUCCACACUGAGCAAGGCCUUAGUCCCGUUAUCGAAAUACAUCAUAUUGAUGGUGAGACAUUUGAGCGAUUAGUAGGAUUUUGCUAUACGGGUACAGCACUACUAACAAGGGACAAUGUGGAAAAAAUGCUGAAAGCCGCCAAGCUAUUAAAGCUGGAUGAUAUGGUUGCCAUUUGUAUUGAUUUCCUCAUAGACCACAUACGGCUAUUUGAUAUGCAAUGGUUGUAUGAUUUAGAGCGUGAAACUCAAUGCGCUCUACUAGCGGACAGAAUAAAGAGUUAUGAAGUAGACAAUUUCAAUAAGAUAAGUCAAAACAUCGAUUUUCUAAAUUUCAACGCUGAAAAGUUGCAAGCACUUGUGGAAAGCAAUAAUUUGAAUGUGAAUUCCGAGGAGCAUGCUCUGGAAGCAAUCGAGCGUUGGUAUAAGCACGAUGUCUUGGCGCGCAAAAAAUAUCUGCCCGCUUUAGUGGCUUGCUUACGUCUUACGCAUUUUGAUGUGAAAUUUUUGUUGAAGCGCGUUAAAACUUUGCCGGGUUGCGAGUUGUUGACAUACAAGGCUUUGUCGUGGAUCAGUAAACCCACGUUGCGUAAGAAUAUACGCCUCAAAUUUGCAGAACCACGCGAAGGGCUGUGUGGUAAUUGGAAAUCGAAAGCGUUGAUGGCCAUACAAAUAGACUGCGAGGACACAAAUCAUGGCUACAUAUAUCGCUUUAACAAGCGAGAGGAUACCUGGUUGGAGUGGGAUAAAAUUCAAAUAAAUGCCUUGAAUUUCGAAGUAAUUUUUGUCGAUGAUAAUUUAUACUUUAUUGGUGGUAAAAUAGACUACGAGGCGAUAAAAACCGUUAACAGUUGGAAUAUAAGAACGAAAGCGUGGAAACGUUUGCCCGACUUGAAUUACGCGCGUUACUGGUCAAGUGUUACGCAAUUGAAUGGUAAAAUCUACGUGAUUGGCGGACUUGCGACGGAUGACAAAGUCUCACAGUCGGUAGAAGUAUAUACGGAUGCCGGAGGUUGGCAGGAAGCAGCCAAUCUGAUUACGCCGCGUUAUGGCGCCAGUGCGGUGACUGUAAAUGGUAAUAUUUACCUCAUGGGUGGCUACGGUGACGGCGAUUUACAAUCCGUUGAACGUUACAAUCCACUAACGAAUACAUGGACCUCAUGUGCUCCGCUGCUUACCGAUCAUUAUUUGCCUGGUGUGGCCGUGUACAAUCGCCACAUUUACGUAAUAGGUGGUUGGACUCAAACUCCACAUGCAGUUGUAGAGCGCUACGACGUUCAGAGCGACAAAUGGACUUGGGUUUGCACUCUGACCCCUGGCCGUUGGGGCGCGGGUUGCUCUUUUAUAGACAAGCAGCUUUGGACCGUUGGCGGCGGUUCUCAAACGACAUAUACAAGUGAUGUAAAAGUUUACGAUCUUUCAACGAAUAAAUGGUCUGACGCUAAACCACUGCCAAGAACCGGUAUAUAUUACUGCUUCACAGUCUCAACACCAAUUAUGAAGAUUGAAAAAAGUGAAAAUAAGGAGAAGAAUAAAGAAGAUAAAUAGAAAUACUUUAAUAAUACAGUACCUAAGCCGCCAAUACAGGGUUUCAAUAUUUAAAUAUGUAGACAAAUAUACUCCUAGUACUAGUAUGAAAAUAAAGAAUGAUAUAGUUAAUCAAA